AUGCCCGACCAACCAGCCAAGGAUGCCUCCAAGUCCAAACACGCACAUGCCGCGUCCCAGAGCCAGCCAGCACCCCGCAAAGUCCGUUUCAACGUCGGUACCCAGUACCAGGUACUCGAUGUCGUCGGAGAAGGUGCAUAUGGUAUAGUCUGUUCGGCGUUGCACAGACCCACCAGCCGCAAAGUAGCAAUAAAGAAGAUUGCACCGUUCGACCAUUCCAUGUUCUGUUUGCGCACCCUACGAGAACUCAAACUCCUCAAGUUCUUGUCCGAGGCUGGUGUCAGCGAAAACAUUAUUUCUAUUCUGGACAUCAUUAAACCUCCUUCGCUCGAGGCGUUCAAAGAGGUCUACUUGAUCCAAGAGCUCAUGGAAACUGAUAUGCAUCGAGUUAUCCGAACGCAGGACCUUAGCGACGAUCAUGCCCAAUAUUUUAUCUACCAAACGCUUCGCGCCCUCAAGGCACUACACAGCGCUGAUGUCAUCCACCGUGAUCUCAAACCCUCCAACCUGCUCCUAAACGCGAAUUGCGAUCUCAAGGUCUGCGACUUUGGUCUUGCACGGUCCGUUCGGACGGCCGAGCCUUCGGGCACCGAAACAGGCUUCAUGACGGAAUACGUUGCGACGAGAUGGUAUCGCGCACCCGAAAUCAUGCUUACGUUUAAGCAGUACACCAAGGCAAUCGACGUCUGGUCCGUUGGUUGUAUUCUCGCGGAGAUGUUAAGCGGAAAGCCCUUGUUCCCUGGACGGGACUACCAUCACCAGUUGACUUUGAUCUUGGACGUGCUAGAUCCUCACACAUCGUUACAAGGCACACCCACGCUAGACGAGUUCUACGCGAUCACCACCCGACGAUCCCGCGAUUACAUUCGUGCACUCCCAUUCCGGAAACGUCGACCAUUCGCCCAGUUAUUCCCGAAUGCUUCUGCGCUCGCCGUGGACUUUUUGACGAAAACUUUGACCUUUGAUCCCAAGAAGCGAAUCACUGUUGAGGACGCACUCUGCCACCCUUACCUAGAGGCAUACCAUGAUCCCGAUGAUGAGCCCGUUGCCCCUCCUCUGGACCCCGACUUUUUUGAGUUUGAUCUGCACAAGGACGACAUUAGCCGAGAGCAGCUCAAACAACUUCUAUACGACGAGAUCAUGACCUUCGUGCCAGUUAUAUAA